CUUACUUACCAUUCGCCUGCAAGCAAAAGCCUUGCCUUCUCCCUCACUCCCUCGCCUCCUUUUUUUCAAGUAAAAAUUUGAUCCAACUUUCAGUUUAGAGCCCUAAAUCUUCAUUUAAAGAGAUUUUCUGCUCUGUAAUUCAACGUGGCAUUUAAGUGUCUGAGUAGGCUUCAACUCAACAACAGAUCAUCCUCAGAUUGCAGAAUUCUAGUACUUAUAUAUAAGUUCAUUAUUCUGCUGAAUUCAACAAGAGAUUAAAAAUGCUGACGUGCAUAGCUCGUUCGAAGCAACCCGGGGAUGACUCACUGAGUCAACCCGAGGACUCAGACUGCUCCAAUACGCCCAGUAUCAAACAUCAAGCUAUCAAAUCUGUCACUUCUCAGCUUAAGGACAUGGCGUUAAAGGCAUCAGGAGCUUACCGACACUGCAAUCCGUGUACGGCUCCGGGGGCUCAGAGUAGAUUCAAAACCUCGGGGGAGUCGGAUGCCGACUCGGACCGGUUCAGAUGGUCGUAUAGACGAACCGGGAGCUCGAGCUCGACGACGCCGAGGACUUGGGGGAAGGAGAUGGAAGCUAGACUCAAGGGGAUAUCGAGUGGCGAGGCGACUCCGAUAAAAUCAGUGAGUGGGCGGCGAGCUGACCCGGUUGUGUUAAUUGAAGAGAGCGAACCCAAGGAUUGGGUGGCCCAGGUGGAACCCGGUGUACUUAUUACCUUUGUUUCUCUGCCACGUGGAGGGAAUGAUCUUAAGCGAAUACGGUUCAGUCGAGACAUGUUUAACAAAUGGCAAGCUCAAAGAUGGUGGGCAGAGAACUAUGAUAAAGUCAUGGAACUUUACAAUGUUCAGAGGCUUAACCGCCAAGCUUUUCCACUUCCAACACCCCCAAGAUCUGAAGAUGAGAACUCAAAAAUGGAAUCUGUAGAAGCGAGUCCUGUUACACCACCACUUACCAGAGAACGGUUACCUCGUAACUUGUAUCGUCCAACUGGGAUGGCAAUGGGCUACUCAUCUUCGGAUUCACUCGAUCAUCAACCAAUGCAAGCACGCAAUUACAAUGACUCCAGUGGUCUCACAUCAACUCCGAAACUUUCCAGCAUUAGUGGGGCCAAGACAGAGACAUCAUCAAUGGAUGCGUCUAUAAGAAGUAGCUCAUCGAGGGAGGCAGAUCGCUCAGGAGAACUAUCCAUCAGCAAUGCUAGUGAUCUUGAGAAUGAAUGGGUAGAACAGGAUGAACCAGGGGUUUACAUCACUAUCAAAGCUUUACCGGGAGGCAAACGGGAGCUCAGACGGGUCAGAUUCAGCCGUGAAAGAUUUGGAGAGAUGCAUGCUAGAGUGUGGUGGGAAGAGAAUAGAGCAAGGAUACAUGACCAAUACUUGUGAUGGGUGACCGGUUUUUCUGCACCGGGACCGGGUGUGCAUUUCUCAAUAUUGGUUGAGUAAUACUAGUACAGUCUCUGCUAUAGAGGUGUGAAUCCUUAAUCUAAGUCCAACUUUGUGAAGUUAUGGACUUUGUAAUUGCUUGCGAUUAUGUUCUUGGAAUGCAGGUGGUGAACUCAAAAUCAAAUUUAUAUAAAUAGUUCUUUUUCCCCCUCUGCGGGUGGAUAAAGAGCAUCAAAUGUGUAAUUGGAAUUAUUGGGUUGGGCGGUCAAUACAUCAAUAUCAAUGAAAAAAGGUGUUGUCGUUUUCUU